GAUGGCGACGCUGCCGAGCGGGCUGCUGGGGCCCGAGCCCGGGCUGCUGAGCCCGGAGCAGCUGGAGAAGUUGCGAGUCUUCAAGAUUGAGACUCGGAUUGCCAACGAGAAGUACCUGAGGGCCCACAAAGAAGUGGAGUUUCUCAUCAGUGGUUUCUUAAGUAUCCGGAAGACCUCACUCCUGUACAGUGUCCCACUGCGCGACUGCAGCACAUUGACGUACGCAUUCCCGCUGUCUUUGGAGCUGAGGACACGCGUCUGCCCCGGCAUUCAAGGCCCUGCCUAACACAGCCUCCUUUGCUCCCUGCUCCUUCCUGCACAUGCCCUUGACUCCUGCCAGGCUGCACUUGGAUCAUCCCACCGACCAUUCCUUGAGUGCUCUCGUGGAUGCUGUGGGUACAAGGGUGGCUACAAACUUGUUCUAACCCUCAAGCAAGUUUGUAGCGCCUGCGUGGCUUCCUUCCUGCGGGGCCCCUCAGCCCUUGUCUUGCCUAUGGAAGCCCCUGUGCCUCUGCAGGCCUCACUGAUGCCAGUGGUGCUCUUCUCCUUGGCUGUACCUUCUUUGAGGUCAGCCUAUAUUUUAUCUUAAAAAAAAAAUCAAUCCCUCAUAUGUAAUGCAGUUUCUUUUUUAAAGAUUUUAUUUAUUUGAGAGGCCAAGUUAACAGACAGAGAGAGGGGGAGGCAGAGAGAGAGAGGUCUUCCAUUUGAUGGUUCACUUCCCAAAUGGCUGCAACAGCUGGAGCUGAGCUGAUCUGAAGCCAGGAGCCAGGAGCUUCUGGGUCUCCCAUGUGGAUGCAGGGACCCAAGCACUUGGGCCAUCUUCUACUGCUUUCCCAAGGCCAUAGCAGAGAGCUGGAUCAGAAGUGGGGCAGCUGGGACACAAACCAGCAACCAUAUGGGAUGCUGGCGGCACAGGUAGAGGCUUAGCCCACUACGCCACAGAGCUGGCCCCAUAAAUUAGUUAUUUAUACAUAACUUGUGCUUGAUAAUUAUCAGCUUGAAUCAAAGGAGAAGGGGAGCAAAAGUUUUUUUUUUUUUUUUAAAGAUUUAUUUAUUUGAAAGAGUUACACACAGAGAGAAGGAGAGGCAGAAAGAGAGAGAUUGAGAGAGAGAGUGAGGUCUUCCAUCCACUGCUUCACUCCCCAGUUGGCUGCAAUGGCUGGAUCUGUGCCGAUCAGGAGCCAGGAGCUUCUUCCAGUCUCCCACAUGGCUUCAGGGACCCAAGGACUUGGGCCAUCUUCUACUGCUUUCCCAGGCCAUACCAUGGAUCUGGUUUGGAAGUGGAGCAGCUGGGACUUGAACGGGUGCCUAUAUGGGAUGCCGGCACUGCAGGCAGUAGCCUUACCUGCUAUGCCACUACGCCGGCCCCAGCAAAAGUUUUAUUUUAAAAGAUUUUAUUUGAGAGGCAAAGUUGCAGAGAAUGAGAGAGAGACCGGUCUUCCAUCUAAUGGUUCACUCCCCAGAUGGUUGCAACGGCUAGAGCUGGGCUGAUUCGAAGCCAAAAGCCAGGAGCUUCUUCUGGGUCUUUUAUGUGGAUGCAAGGGCCCAAGCACUUGGGCCAUCUUCCACUGCUUUCCCAGGUCAUAGCAGAGAGCUAGAUCAGAAAUGGAACAGCUGGGAUAUGAACCGGCACCCAUAUGGGAUGCUGGUGCCACAGGUGGAAGCUUAGCCCACUAUGCCACAGUGCUGGACCCAAGCAAAAUUCUUAAAGGUUAGGGGUAGGGGCUUCCUGGAGGGUCAGCCUUGACAAGAGGACAAGGAAGUGGGGCUGUUGGGGUGGGGCAGCCCAUAGCCAAGGGACAGAGAGCAGAGACCGCAGCCCUUGCAGGCCCGAGUUCUGGGCCCGCUCUCUGUUUACUGUCUUUAUGAACUUGGGCAAAUGAUUAACCUUCGAAGGUUAGGUUUCUUCAUUUGUGAAAUGGGGACAUUACCUGGACAGUGUUUAUGAACCUAGUUUAUGAACCAUAAAGUUUUAUGCGGUAUAAGAGCAUAGUUCGGUUCCCAGGGCUUUGGGACUGCGGGUGUUGCCAAGGUGUCUGUCCUCUGUGCCCUUGGAAGCCAUCUUUUCUGUCGGCCCAGCCGCCCUCGCGUGGGAAUUCCUGCCUGCGCCUCCUCAGGACACCACAGGGUUGUGGGUCUAUCCCGCUGCGUGUGAGCACCGUGCCCAGGCACGCACCUCUUCGUCUCUGCUUCCCACCCCAGACGUGGUUCUGUGAAAACGCUGCCCCCAGCCUGUUUGUGAUGAGGCCAGUGUCCUAGUUUGAUUGCCACUCAGGGCGUUUUGCCCUUUGCCUGGCAUCCCGAGUUGGAGGAACAUGGCCGUUGAAAGGGGCUUGGCCAUCAGGCGUGGGCUAUGUGUUGGCUCCCAAGGCGCGCUCUCCCUCUCGCCCUGUCCCUGAAUGUUUUCCAGGGAAAUGUUUUUGAAGAGACCAGACAACAUCCGAGAAUUUGCGGCAGAUUAUUUCACGGAUCCAAGACUUCCCAACAAGAUUCACAGGCAGCUAAUUAAA